AGGGGAUCCUGCACAUUUGUACCCACAACAAUCGCGCACGCUUCACCGGGUCUGACCGAGACCCCCCCAAGACACAGCCCCUCUCCUUGACUCGCCGCCGCACCGCCGUGGCCCACGUAUGCCGCAGCAAGCUCCAUCACACACGUACCAUAUCUAUAAUUAUACCCAUCUGUUCCUUUAAACGCACAUGCACCCACAUGCGCCUGCACAUCCAGCCAUGUCACCCUGUCUGCCCCAAAUGGGCUGCGCUCCCACCUCUGUACCUCUGAGCGGUGUCCGGUCUCAAGCCUUCAAUCGCCACACUGUGGCCGCCCAUGUGGACGCCUUCAGCCGGACCUUUCGCACGGUGCUAUCGGAUCUUGAAGACCAGGACCUGGUACUCAGCCACCUGGUUGCCCUAGAGGUGGACACAGCUGUGGCCGCUGGACCUGGCGGCUUGGAUAAGGUCCCGCCCUACUUUCUGGUUCUUCAUCGUGAUGGUAUUGACUCGUCGUGCUAUCAGUGCGCCUUCAUCCUCGAGAGCUCCUCAUCACUGCCGGACAUCGCCAUUUUGUCAGCGGUGCUGGCUCGCAUCGUAGCCAUAGCACAGAACUUGGUUCUCUCGCCAACGGGCGGCACAGCGACCGUCGACCAGUCCGUGCUCAUCGCGCUUGCGGGAUCCGAUGGAGCCACAGUGGCCUAUUAUGAGCUCUCCUCCGGUGUGGCCUAAAUGCGAGUCCCCCAUCUGCCCUUGGCCUGGGGAAGAAGAUAAAAAGAAUAAUCCCUUCC